AUGGAGCUCGGCGCCGGCGUCGGCGUCGUCGGCGUCGUUCUCGCGCGAUGCAUGCGAGACUACACGCGCGCGUGCACGACGGUUGAGGGGGAUACGGAACGUCAACCGGCGCGGAGUAGGAGGCUGACGCUGACGCUGCAGGAGAAGGACGACGACGCCGUCGCCAACUUGACGGGGAACCUUCGGCGGAACGGCGUCGCGCGCCGACGCGCGGAGACUACUUUAGUCGGACAUGAUAUGCUGUCGGACAGAGAGUGUCGGACGGCGGCGGCGGCGGGCGACGAGGGUAGAUACUCAUACGACGGGGACGACGACGCGGGCGUGGACGUUCGCGUCGUGAAGUUCGACUGGGAGUGUCGGACGAACGACGAAGCGCUCCGAGAGACGAAGCCGGACCUGGCGCGUUCAGUGAUCGCCGCGGACGUGUGUUACGACCCCGCGCUGUUCCCCGGACUCCUGGCCACGCUGCGCGCGCUGUCGUCGGACCGCGCCGCGCUUCAGGAUACGGAAUCCGAAGCGUCGUCGCGGGGAUACGAACCGCCGUUCGCGCUCAUCGUGACGACGCUCCGGCAGCCGGAGACGCUCGAGACGUUCGUCAGGGAGGCGACGUCCGCGGGGUUCGACGUGUCGGACGUGUCGGACGCGUCCGACGUCUUCAUGGAGGAAGGGAGCGAGACUGAGGUUGAUGAGACGCGCGCGGAAACUCUCGGCGGACGCGUCGGGUUCGCGAGGCUUCCGAGGGAGUCGCGCGACGCGUCGUACGGCGAGAUGCGCGUGCACGCGCUCAGGGCGAGACGACGACGACGCGCGCGUUAG